AAAAGCCGGAACACCGCGCACCAACCGCGAUUCAUUUCAGAAGAAACACACUAGCGAUUCAUCAAACUCUAGAAGUAAAAACUAGAAAAGAUCUACAGAAAUGAAAAAGACAUGCACAAGCCAGUCGGAGCUUCAGCCUUUGAAGACUCUAAGGAUGCAGAAUACCAGAACUUACAAAAAUGACAGUGUUGAAAAACAGCUUUUGGAACUUAAAGAAGUGAACACCAGACAAAAUCUGGAAAUCCGAGGCCUGAAAUGCAAAAUCAGCAGCAUGGAGAAAAGCUUUCGCUUAAUGGAGGAAAAACUUUACAAAGUGGAGAACGAGUUGAACAAAGACCCAAAGCCCACAGCAAAGAGAACUGGAUCAGACAUGUCACCACCCAGGAAAGCUCAAAAGCCUCGACUUGAUGCUGCUUCAGCUGAUCCUGUAAACACAACACACACAACACAAUCUCUCAUCUCCAGUGCAUUAGAAACACUACAAAAGUCCUGUUCUGAUGUUUUACCUACAGACAGGAUUCAUGCACUUCUCACAGGAACAAGUGAACUUCCUGUUCUGAGAGAUGAAGAGAAACACGUCAUUUCUGAGUUUUGUGUUAACGAGUCCUUAGCAGAGACGUUUCUGUCUGUGAUUUUGGAGAAGAUCAAGGUGGAGAGAGGGUUUAUGGGACAUGAUCUCCUGCAGUCUCUCUGUAGGGUUUAUGUAGGCGUGUGUCAACAGAGAGGAGACUCUCACAAAGCACAUGCUCUCGUCUACAGACUCCUUAAAGAAGACUUCCUUGAAGCCCCCAAAGUGAUUAUGGUCAUGGCGACAGCAUGGCCAAGUUUUUUGUCCUAUGAAAGUUCUUUAUGCCGAGCAAUUCACAUAGUGAGCAACCUGAGAGCAAAGGGAAAGAUAUUUCACUUGCUCACCAAGUAUCUGCACUGGGAUGAGGAGCCUCCAGGAAACAUCCACAAUGCUAUCACCAGCACCCUGAAGUCUUUUCUGGAAGACAGCAGUCUGAGGUUCCUGGAGAACAGCUGGUAUGGUUAUGAUCUCUGCCCUGCUACCUGGAACUACAUCUUCAGCCUGGAUCUUCUGUGUGCACAAAUGGGCUGGACUUGGACCAUUACCAAUAUUAUACGGAAGGAUCUUUGGCUGAUCCUGAACACUUGGCUGAUGCAAGCAAGAACAGAGCAAACACCGUUCCGAGACGUCUGUGUAGCAGCAGUGUUCAGGCUACUUGGGCGACUUGGUCAACUAGGACUUAAGGUGAACAUGCGAACGUCACUCGAAAACCUGGCAAGAAGCAUCAAUCAGUUUGGAAUGCAAAAUUUCUCAAAAGGUAUGCCAUGGGAAGUGCAGCUCUCAGUCAUCUAUGCCAUUCAUGAUCUGGCACCCAGCAACCCUGAAGCAGCUCUGAAGACUUUGGAAUCAUGGAGGAAAAACAGCACACAGCGCGUUCCCCCAGCCGUCAUCAAAUGCAUAACGCAAAUCAGCUUCCUUUGUCAUCAGACCAAGCCACAAAACUCUAAGAAACUACUGUAGUGAUUAUUAUAGUGAGCACUGCAUCCCCCAGGUCUGUAUCCUCAGUCACCAGCUGUUCACACUGUGAAUCAUGACUGUGCUGCAAUGCA